AUGGAUGCCAAAGUGGAUAAGGAACGCUCCAUGUUGGAAAUCUUGUAUGCACAAAUAAUCAGUGACAUGAAGAGUGGUUUUCCUCUUUGGGAAGAUUUUCUUUCAAAAGGUAGUAAAUUACAGAUAGCUUUGAAAACAACACUUACUUGCUUGAAUACUUUCUUGGAUUCUUUUCAAAAAGUGGCAGACAUGGCUUCAGGAACAAGAGGUUCAACUAAAGAGAUUGGUUCAGCUUUAACAAGAUUGUGUUUGAGGCAAAGAAGUGUUGAAAGCAAGACGAAGCAACUCACAAAUUCUCUUAUGGAAGCUUUGAUAAAUCCAAUGUCAGAAAAAUUAGAGGAGUGGAAGAGACAGCUGUCAUGCAUGGAAAGGGAACAUGGAAAAGAAAGCAAGAGGGUCCAUCAGGAAUUGAAAAAAUCGUUAACAGAAGCACAGAAAGAUGUGAAAAAAAUUAAAAAAAGUUUGUAA